UAUUUAUUGAGUAAGGAGAGCAUGUUUUUGUAAAAUGUUGUUUAUAAAGUGGAUUAUGCAUCUUUGUUAAUUUUUAUUAAUAAAUACAUUUUGAAAAAAAUGUAAUUUUUUAAUGUUCUUCAAAAAAUUAAUUGUUAAAAGAAUAAUUGUAUAAGAUACCACAGGUCGUAUUUACAUCCUGCGACUGACCAUCUAAAAAAUUUGCGUUGGCGAAUUGUAUUUUGCAGUGUUACAAAAACGAAGACUGAUUAUUUUGCGGGAAAGGUUUGGCGGUAACCAUUUUCGAGUAGAGAGAGAUGAAUACGCAAUUACAACCUCUCUUCCUCUCUUCCAUUUCAUUUUUUCAUUCGAACCGAAUUGUUCGAAGAAACCCUCCAUUUGUGGUGCGAGCAAGCCCUAAGAAGAUUUCGUUCGGUAAAGAGUGCAGGGAGACUUUACAAUCUGGAAUUGAUAAACUCGCUGACGCCGUCUCGCUUACUCUAGGACCCAAAGGGCGAAAUGUUAUUCUUUCUGAAUCUGGAAAGCUUAAAGUAAUAAAUGACGGUGUUACAAUAGCUCGAUCCAUAGAGCUUUCCGAUGCAAUUGAGAAUGCAGGUGCCAUGCUAAUUCAAGAGGUUGCAAGUAAAAUGAAUGAUUUGGCUGGUGAUGGUACCAGCACUGCUAUUAUUUUGGCCCGUGCUAUGAUUAAAUCUGGACUAUUAGCAGUUGCAUUUGGUGCUAAUCCUAUUUCUUUGAAGAAGGGGAUGGAAAAGACUGUAAAAGAUUUGGUGAAGUUCUUGAAGAAGAGGAGUAUUCCUGUUGAAGGAAGGGAUCAUAUCAAAGCUGUAGCCUCAAUUUCUGCUGGAAAUGACGAGUAUGUUGGUGAUUUGAUUGCUGAAGCUAUAGAAAAGAUUGGAUUUGAUGGGGUAAUCUCCAUUGAGACAUCCUCAUCAUCUGAAACCUCUGUGGUAAUCGAAGAAGGCAUGAAGAUUGAUAGGGGUUACAUGUCUCCUCACUUCAUUACCAACCAGGAGAAAUCCAUUGUGGAGUUUGACAAUGCUAAAGUUUUGGUUACUGAUCAAAAGAUUUCUAGUGUCAAAGAAAUAAUUCCUUUGCUGGAAAAGGCUAUGCAGUUGAGUGCACCGCUCUUAAUUAUUGCAGAGGAGGUUGCGUCACAAGUGUUAGAAACAUUAGUAGUAAACAAAAUGAAAGGAUUACUAAGAGUUGCAGCUGUAAAAUGUCCAGGAUUUGGUGAUGCAAAGAAAGCCUUGUUGCAAGAUAUUGCACUCAUGACGGGUGCUGAUUUUCUCUCUGGAGAUUUGGGUCUCACACUUGAAGGAACAACCUCAGACCAGCUUGGUACUGCAAUGAAAGUGACAAUAUCCAGUAAUACUACAACUAUAUUUGCUAAUCGAAGUACUAAGGCUGAGAUUCAGGCUAGAAUUUUACAGAUUAAGAAGGAUCUUAUUGAAACAGACAAUGCAAACCAUUCGAGAAAGCUCUCAGAGAGAAUUGCAAAACUCUCUGGUGGUAUAGCUGUUAUAAAGGUAGGUGCACACACUGAGCUAGAACUUGAGGAUAGAAAACUGAGAAUUGAGGAUGCUAAAAAUGCUACUUUUGCUGCCAUAAAUGAGGGGCUUGUUCCUGGAGGGGGUGCCACAUAUGUCCACCUUUUGGACUUGAUACCUGCCAUAAAGAACUCCAUGGAAGAUCUAGAUGAGCAAAUUGGUGCUGAUAUUGUGGCGAAGGCACUUCUCGAACCCGCCAAAUCAAUUGCAGCUAAUGCUGGAGUAGAUGGAGAUAUUGUUGUCGAGAAGACUAGAGCAUCUGACUGGAGAACUGGAUAUAAUGCCAUGACCGACACAUAUGAAGAUCUUUUGAAUGCCGGAGUAGCAGAUCCGAGUCGAGUUGCAAGAUGUGCUCUUCAAAGUGCAGUAUCCGUUGCUGGUGUGGUUCUAACUACUCAAGCUAUUUUGGUUGAUAAAAUAAAGAAAUCCAAGCCACGCGUACCUCUGGUCCCUGGUAUAACUCCCUAAAAUUGAUAAAACUGUACAGUUUUGACAACAAAGUUGGUCUUCUUCAAUGAUGAAUACCAUUGGUUGACUCAGCUUGUGAAUGUCCCUUGGGUUGAUAAGUACUUGGGAAGCAACAAGAAUGCUCUUCUCAUGAAUGGAAAAGCCAGGGUUGCUGCUUCUUACUCUUGGGGUAUGACUUCAUGAAACCCAUGUAUCAUGAAGCAAUGGGAACAAUUAGACAGUUGUUGAAAUUCAAAGUUUUGAACAGGAAGUUGGAUAGUGUUAGGUUCCUUUCUCCAUUUUAUCGAUUCAUUUUAUCUAUGAUGGUUUUGUGCCAUAGAGGAUAGAACCUGUAUUUGAUAUUUUCAAGAAUAAACUCCAAUUUGGGUGUUUGAAGCAUGCCAUCUGUCAUGGAUUUGCUCUUUUUUUAGUUAAACUCAAGAUACUCGUUGAUUGGAAGCCAAA